AUGAUGCUGGGCGAGGAGUCGGAGCCUGCGAGAACCUGGGAGCAGGUAGGAAACGAAGCCUUGCGACGAGGAAUGAAACGGAUCGUCAUGAUGGGUGCCCACUGGGAGACAUUGGAAGACGCCGUCGAAGUUAGCAUGAACCCCGACCCAAAGAAGCUGCCUAUGGGCGGCGUCCGUGACGAUCGCUACUUGCCCUACAAAUUGGCACCUGAUAUCGAAGGAGGUCAGGAGGUGCUGGAAAGGCUUCGUGCUGCGGGAAUAAAUGCUCGGGCAGCGCCCAAGUUCGACUGGAUCCACGACACCCUUCUUGCUGGGCGCCACCCUGCGUCCGAUGCGCCUGUGCCCCCCGACACUUGGGCGUUACAGUUUCGACAAGCUGUGGAAGAUGCGAUCCUGCGCAAUAAGGGCCCAGAGGUGCGUCGGGCAUUGUCUCGGUUGAUGAAGCACCCUCGCUUUCGGGACGCUCAUGGAAACUGA